AUGGAAGACGACUACUCCGUCGACUCUUUGCCCGGGACCCCCGCAUCGGAUGUCCCGGUGCUCACCGUCUCCCCGGCAGACACCUCGCUAGAAGAUCUACUCGAAGACUCGCCCGACGUCAAGUCGGAAGAGAAGAAGCCCGCAAAGAAGAGGAAGUCGUGGGGUCAGGAACUACCAGUCCCUAAGACCAACUUGCCCCCUCGAAAACGGGCCAAGACUGAAGACGAAAAGGAGCAGCGCCGUAUUGAGCGGGUUCUUCGGAACCGCGCCGCGGCUCAGACCUCCCGCGAGCGGAAGAGGCUCGAGAUGGAGAAGCUAGAAAACGAGAAGAUUCAGAUGGAGCAACAGAACCAGUUUCUGAUGCAGAGAUUGUCCCAGAUGGAGACCGAGAACAAUCGUCUCAACCAGCAAGUCGCCCAGUUGGCUGCCGAGGUCCGUGGCUCGCGAGCAAACACGCCGAAGCCCGGAUCUCCCGCCAGUGACUCCCCGACUCUCACUCCUACCCUGUUCAAGCAGGAGCACGAAGAGCUCCCUCUUGAGCGUAUCCCCUUUCCGACGCCAUCCUUGACCGACUACUCCCCCACUCUGAAGCCUUCCACUCUGGCUGAGUCCUCCGACAUGACACAACAUCCUGCAGCGGUGUUGUGUGACCUGCAGUGUCAGUCGUUGGACUCGAAGGAGAAGGAAGCGCGCUCCCACUUUUUGACCUCGCCUCAGGCGUUCCAGGUCACGCUGCAGAUGACGUUGCAGCUCCUCUUUCUGACGAUGACUUCCACCGCCUAUUCCACGGUGAUUCGUCCGCUGAGCCAGAUUCUUCAGUCUUUGAAGAUGGGUUCGCCUUUGACGUUUUCGACGGCGGAGAUCUAUCAGCAUUUCCAUUUGAUUCUAUGGUUAAUUUCGACUCCGAGCAUGUCGGUCUCGAAGGCACCGAGCCGUCCGACACCCUUCCGGAUGAGGCUUCUCGCAAGACUGCUAGCGUGCAACCCAGCCAUGGCGCGUCCACUUCGCGAUGCGACGGGCAGAGCAUUGCAGCUGGCUGUUAGCGAGAACCCGUGCCGGGAGUCCGUGUCGGGGGCCGGCGCCGGAGCGACUGGCUGGACUUGGGAGUACUUAUUAACCUUCGCGUGGGCGAUAGACCGCCUGGAGAAGUCGGGACGACGCAAACGAAUUUUGAGUGGUUUGAAAUCAGCGCAAAACGGUCGGCGCAAUCGGAUUGGAAAGUCCCCUCGGGGUACAUGGAGUUCUAGGAGUUCAACAAACAACGGCGAGACGUUGACGUCUCUGCUUAUGGGCAAGGAAAGCUGA